AUGGGGGGACUUUUCUGGCGGCAGUUCGCUGCGUUAUUCUGGAAGAAUUGGAUUGUGCUUUCUAAACACCCGUUCUUGAAUGUUAUACGAUGUUUCAUUCUACCUAUUGCAUAUGGCGUCUUCCUCGCUGUCGCACAGACGUUCCUUAUGAAGCCCAAUAACUAUGGGAUUGGCUCCCCGAUACCAAUAUACUCAUUCAAGAGUGAGUUCGACGGCUCUCUUACUCUGAUAUGGACAGACGCAACCAACGGCACUGGCUCACCGUCACCAAGCGAUGUCAUGUCACAUAUCACUAGCAACUUCACUUCCAAUCAGCUUCGAGCGAUCAAACAGGUAGCCACACCAGACGACAUUCCUCCGGCCUGCCCACAGAACUUCAACUUGUUCUCCGAAUGUUACGCAGCCGUAACAUUCAACAGUCUCCCCGCCGCAGGAAACGAUACGAGUCCAGUGAACUAUACAAUUAGCGCGGAUGGGGGCCUCGUGUACAUCAACGUGUAUAGCCAUACCAGUGAUUUUGAAACCAGAAUUUUACCUCUCCAAUGGGCAUUAGAUCAGGCGAUUAUCGAAUUAAGGACAGGUCAAUCAGUACCCACGCCGUUAGAAUGGCCAUACACUCAGGAAACGAACCAACAACAAGCCACUGAUACUAGGCUAAGCUAUAUCAGAGGACUGCGGUCCCUACUCGUGCUUGCAUUGUUUAUUUGUUAUAUUGGAAUUGCUUAUCAGCUUCCAGGCUCGUUUACUGGGGAGAGGGCGAAUCUACUGACAAGCCAUAUGAAAGCCAUGGGACUUCUGGACUCUGCAAGGAUUUUAUCAUGGCAUAUCAGUAUAUGUCUGGCGUACCUUCCUGCUUGGAUUCUUGUUUCAAUUGUGUGGCACUACCGUAUCUUUACCGGAACAAACGUUGGAUUAGUCCUUGUUGUGCACCUUCUUUUGGGAACUUCGCUGGCUAGUUGGUCGUUUUUCAUCGCCACUCCCUUUGGGAAAAGCCCUCAGCUCGCUGCCGUCGCAUCCACAUUCUUGGCUCUCUUAUUUGCCAUUUUAGCCCUGGUUUUCGGUCACGCUAGCACAGGAACAGCCUUCGUGUUUUCCAUCGUAUUUCCCCCUGGAUAUUAUAUCUUUGCCAUAAGAGCAAUAUGUGGAUGGGAAAAUCACCAGAUACCAACUAAUGCUCUAAAGGGCGACCCUGAUAACAACUUGAUGCUUUUGCCUUUAAUCAUAGCAGCUCUUGUUGAUACAUUUUUAUGGCCAUAUUUAGCUGUUCUGCUGGAGAGGCGCCUGUAUGACGCUCGUGAGCCUUCGUCUGGGAGCAGUUGGUUAUGCUGUCGUCGGCGAAAAAACCGUUCCCUGGACCCAGUUGUACAUCCUGAAAAUGUCGCCAUAUCCAUCCGCAACCUGGGAAAAACAUUUAAGCCCUCCAUGUUCCGACGGGAAAAAGCCCCAGUUACCGCUAUCGCUGAUCUCACUUUAGAUAUUCCCACGUCUGGCAUCUAUGUUCUGCUCGGGUCCAACGGAGCUGGAAAGUCAACGGCUUUAUCUAUUGUAGGGGGUCUCCUCGGGCGUAGCACAGGUUCGAUCACGUUUGAAGGUGGUGUAGCUCGGCCUCCUCGUGGAACGCUUGGCAUUGUCCCACAGAAGAAUGUGUUAUUCCCCGAGCUAACCUGUUAUCAGACUCUAAGGGUAUGGAGAGCAGUUAAGCGCUCAGAUGGUUCCGUGGAUGAUGAUGACGAUUACGAACAACUCCUACGUGAUUGUGAUCUUGGCAAGAAGAUUCAUGCAAAUGCCAGCACGUUAUCUGGUGGCCAGAAGCGAAAGUUACAGCUUGCUAUUGGUCUCAUUGGAGGUUCCAAGAUCGUACUCGUUGACGAGUGUACCUCUGGCGUUGAUCCUUUAUCUCGUCGUGCACUAUGGAGAACUUUGACUUCUGUUCGUCACGACAGAACGGUUGUGUUCACGACGCACUUUUUGGAUGAAGCAGACCUUCUUGCCGAUAACAUCGCAAUCUUAGCUGCCCCUGGCAAGUUGGUCGCUGAGGGAUCACCAGUGACUCUUAAAUCGACGCUUGGCGAGGGUUACAGCAUUCAAGUCUCUUUCGAUUUGACAGAGCUCACUGAAAAAGAAUGGAUCAGCCCGCCAGCUGAAGUACACGAGCGUUUACGUACCUUAGCGCCACGUUGCACUAUGUCUUUGGCCUCACCAUCACAGGCGUCCUAUCAUCUUAAAUCAAAGGACCCUAUCGUGGUGGAGAAGGCACUUCAACUACUGGAAGAUGAAGAGUCCACUCAUCACGUAGCAUCUUACGAUGUCAUUGGUACAACUAUCGAAGAUAUCUUUCUCGAUCUGAUGAACAAGGAUGCUCGACUAAGCAUUGAAUCACCCGAGAAGUCUCUGACAUCGUCUAUGAUCAUGACUGAACCGACAGUUUUACAGUUAACGGAUGGGCGGCCAAGGUCUCCAUUUAGUCAGGCUUUGACCAUCUUCCACAAACGUGCUCUCGUUGCUCGUCGCAGUUGGUUGACGCCAUUCCUCGUUGUGCUCAUUGCAGUAGCGGGCUCAUGCAUUCCAUUGUUCUUCCUAUCUGGACAAGCGGCAACGUGUACUACCACAUACAAGAACACCACUACUAUCCCUCUUUAUCUUCCAGACUCUCCCUUAGAAUUGCUGGCUUUUGGUCCUUCGGCUCAAAUUUUGACUUCGCCUCCAAAUAUUGUCAGUUCCCUUGGCUCUACUGCGAUGUUCCUGCAAACAAAGAAUAUAGCAAAUAACGCCACUUUCGUUGAUACUAUCCAACAAGACUAUCUUAACAUAUCUUUCGGAGGUAUUUCAAUAGAUCAACAGACAGGGGAUUCAUUGGUUGCUUGGCAAGCAUCUCCACCAGGCCUAACAGGCACAUCUAUGCUGAACCUUGCAUCAAAUGUUCUAUACAAUCGAGCACUCAACAACUCGGGAAACACUGCUGAAACUCCGAGUCUCAUUAUGGCUUACUAUUCAGAUUUCCCUCCUGUUGCAGAGGGUACUCUUGUGGACUUGAAAUGGAUAGCCUUCUUUGGAGCUUCAAUGGCCGUGUUUCCUGCAUUCUUCUCGCUAUAUGUAUCUCGGGAGCGUCGUUCAUCUGUACAAGCCAUGCAGCUUUCGAAUGGCCUGUCAGAUCCCAUCGGACUUUGGUUGGGCCAUCUCAUGUUUGACACGAUAUUUUCGGUGACGCUAGCCACAAUCAUUAUCAUUAUAUUUGCCACAGUCACCAGUCAACUUCAUGGUCUAGGAUUUUUCUGGGUUGUCCUGGUGUUAUAUGGCAUAGUUGGUGCACUCUUCGCAUAUUGUAUUUCUUUGUUUACGGCUUCUCCCCUUGCUGCAUUCGCAGCAGUUGCCGGUUAUCAGAUCAUCAUGUUUAUUUUGUAUCUGGCUGGCUACCUUUUAACCUUGACUUAUGCAAAGACGAGUCAAGCUAAUUAUGACAUCGCUGUAAUACACUUUACGCUGUCUGUUUUGUCUCCAGUGGCCAGUGUUAUGAGGGCGGCACUUAUCUCUGUGAACCUAUUCUCGCUUCUUUGCGCAGGAACAAGCCCUGUCACUACGGCAUCGUUGGGUAUCAUUACUAGAUACGGCGGCCCUAUACUGUAUCUCUUCAUUUAUGGUUUCGUUCUUCUUGGUGUUCUUGUUUGGGUAGACUCUGGUUCCAUCUUACCUCGACGUUUCCUCAAGACUGGUAAACAACGUCGUCAAUUGGAGGAAAACCAAGCUUCGUUUGAAUUGUCGAGAAAGGAUGUAGCUGAAGAAGCUCGCGAUGUAGCAUCCUCUGACGAUGCUCUUCGAGUUCUCCAUGUGGUCAAGUCUUUUGACGGAAAUCGAGUCGUUGACGAUGUAAGUAUCGGAGUUUCAAGGGAUACUAUCUUUGCCAUGUUGGGGCCCAAUGGCGCGGGAAAGACCACCACCUUCAAUAUUAUACGUGGUGAUAUCGUUCCAGACUCCGGUGACGUGUUGAUCAAGGGUGUUUCCGUCGUCAAUCAUCCCAGAGUUGCGCGUCUAUCUCUCGGUGUCUGCCCUCAGUUCACUGCGAUAGACUCGCAACUGACUGUUCGGGAGCAUUUGAUGAUCUAUGGCCGUCUUAAGGGUCUUUAUGGAGGUGAAGAAGUUAACAGAAAUGUCGAAUCCUUGAUGCAUGCCACAUCUUUGCAUAUGUAUGCCGAUCGCCUAGCUAGUCAAUUGUCGGGAGGAAAUCAGCGUAAAUUGUCACUUGCCAUUGCUCUGAUAGGUAACCCCUCUGUCGUAUUGAUCGACGAGUUUUCAACUGGUAUAGACGCAAAAAUCAAGCGAGAAAUGUGGGGUACCCUCAGGAAUGUUGCUGUAGGGAAAGCAGUCGUUAUAACUACCCACUCGAUGGAAGAAGCAUCAGCCCUAGCGAAUAAAGUUGGUAUCAUCUCUAAACAAAUGCUAGCUAUUGGCACAACCGAUAGUCUGGCAGCACGAUAUGCUAAAUACCAAGUCCAUUUCUCGUGCCCCACUCGAGAGGAUGUCACCAGGGCACAACUACUUAUGAGCUGUAUACCAGGUUCACGACUGGCGGAUGAUGUGGCCACUCGCUUCGAGGUUCCCAUUCUUCAAGGCAAAGACGGCCUAUCACUUGCACAACUAUUCCAUAUUCUUUCUUCGCAGGGUGAUUUCCAAGAAUAUACGGUAGAAAAGGCAACGCUAGAAAGUGUCUUCCUGAAGGUGAUCAGAGAGAACAAUGUACUUGAAGAGGACACCACCCCGAGUAGACGACGAAGGUUCUGGUUCUGGUAAUACGGUGAGGGUGAUGUUUUCGUUCACGGACAUGGGUCGCUGCAGCAUUACGUGGCGUUGUAGCUAUACCAGGAUUCGUAGAGAUCUUAAUUAUCUUUACAAGGACUAUACUUACAGUAUGUACAGGUACUUUACGCUGUCACACGAUUUUCCUGAGUUUGCACGGGUUUAUGCAUUAUUUAAAUGGGCAAUAGCUCUGGGGCGGGUUAGAAGUUCUAGGUCCAUCCAAGAAGUACCAUUCUAGCGUGUGCAAUAUAUAAACUUGAUCUC